ACUGGGUAUCAGCAGCGAUGCACUGCUGGUCUCGACGGGGACCGGACAGGUGCCUCCAAAUUCCACGAAGAAGAGUAUCGGCGCGUCACUUCCGCUUUUGGGCAAUCAUGGCGUCCUCCACGACGGGAGACGGCUGGAUGACUCCGAACUCCUCACUGUUCCUGAUGGAUGGAAAGAGCCUAUGUUUACCAAAGAAGACAAUCCUCGUGGUCUUCUGGAGGAAAGCAGCUUUGCUACACUCUUCCCUAAAUACAGAGAAGCCUACCUCAAAGAGUGCUGGCCGCUCGUGGAGAAAGCUUUGGGAGAAUCCCAAAUAAAAGCCUCAUUGGACUUAAUAGAGGGCAGCAUGACGGUUUACACAACUAAGAAAACAUUUGACCCAUAUUCCAUCUUAAAAGCAAGAGACCUCAUCAAGCUGCUGGCCAGGAGUGUCCCAUUUGAACAGGCUGUGCGGAUAUUACAGGAUGAUGUAGCCUGUGACAUCAUUAAAAUCGGGACCCUGGUUAGAAACAGAGAUCGGUUUGUGAAGCGAAGGCAGCGGCUUGUUGGUCCAAAGGGUUCAACCCUGAAGGCUUUAGAGUUGUUAACUAGCUGCUAUGUGAUGGUGCAGGGCAACACAGUGUCAGCCCUGGGGCCCUUUAAAGGCCUAAAGGAGGUUCGUAAAGUAGUGAUGGACACAAUGAAGAACAUCCACCCCAUCUAUAACAUCAAGACGCUGAUGAUCAAACAGGAGCUGUCCAAAGACCCUGAGCUGCGGGUGCAGAACUGGGAACGAUUCCUGCCACACUUCCGCCACAAGAACCUCUCAAAACGCAAGGAGCCCAAGAAGAAGAGGCGCGUGAAGGAGUACACGCCAUUCCCUCCCCCACAGCCAGACAGCAAGGUUGAUAAGGAACUGGCAACAGGAGAAUUCUUCCUGCGCAAAAGUGAAAAGAAAAUGAAGAAGAUGGAGGAGAAUAAGGUCAAACAAGCAGAGUCCCUGACAAAGAAGCAAGAACAGCGGAACAAAGCUUUCAUUCCUCCAAAAGAGAAGCCGUUAAUGAAAAAGACUGGUAAAGCUCCUUCACAAAACAAGCUGGACAUUGAAACCAUCAAGGACAAAGUAAAGAAGGCCAAAACUAAGAAACUGGGGGCUCCUCCGCCAGUGAAUCCAGCUCCUCCCAGCAACAUCAAAAAGAAGAAUAACAAAUCUAAAAGCAAAGGCUGAACAGCCUCGCUGCUUCCGUAACACAUGCUUUGUUAAGUGACCUGGGGUUCGCUGGACAGUGAAAGGACUCAGAAUAAAUGUUUUAUGCUUGGAGUGAAACAAAUUCCAGUAUAAAGCAUCACAGGCAUUUUUUUAUUCUUCAGAUUUUGUAUGGUAAUUGUUCACACAUUAGAAAAUAUGUUUUCCUCUGUUUUUAAGUUCAAUACGUCUUAGGGAAAUAUGUCUGUUAUCUUAGCAAUCUGGAUCUUAUUUUGUGAGUAAAAUCUGUAAAGCUAAUUUUGGAACAUUAUCACCUUAAAUAUUGUUGCUAGGGUUUGUUUAGAGCUCUGUUCAUAAAAUUUAAAUGUCACCCUGUAUUAUUCUGGUCUCUCCACAAACAUCUGGUACCUAAUCUGGGUUCUCAGUAGGUGCAUUAAUGCUCAAGAGUGUUGAAAACUACUGAUGCAUUGCGCUGAUGAUACUGUCAUAGGCUGUAAAACAUAAUAAAUUUCACAUCACACAAAAUAAAAUCUCAAACAUUUACGGUA